UGUUUCACACAUGCUAUCAACACAUUGCAUGUUGCAGGAUCCUAGCAUUUCCACAACAUGGGGAGACUAAGUGAAAUCUAGCUUGCUGUAAUGAGAAUAAAAUAACAUUUAACACAGUUUCUUUCUUAUUUGUUUAGGAUAAGCUGCCAAAAUGGUGAAGGAGCAGUUCAGAGAGACAGAUGUGGCCAAAAAAAUGUGAGUAAAACCAGCAAGCUAGUUAGCUCACCGGCUAGAUAGUGUCAGUGUUAUUUUACAGAUUAAUUUAUAUGAACAAUUUCUUUUUAACAGAGGUUAAUAUUAAAGAUUUUGCAGGGGCUUUGUUGAAAUUUUACAUAUCUUAAGGGUUUUAUAGUAAAUAAGAUGCUUUUAUGUGGCUAACAUUAGCUGAUCACUCCUGUUACAUGAAGACGUGUCAGUCAAAGUCAGUAAUAAAUCCGAUCAGAGUCAAAUACACGUCGACAAAGUUAUAAUCAACCAGGAUAUCAUUAACAUAAAUCUAUUAUAAUACAAAAUUAGUCAUUUCUUAAUUAUAUCACGUGCUUUGCUGCCAUGUGAUCAACCUUUUGGAUCUGCAAAAAUCAGACUUUCCCUUUUAAUGUGUGAAAUGAACCACUGUAAACAUGUAAAGUUGUUUUAUUUAAUUUGAAUAUUCAUACAAACUGUGUCAUUGUGUACCUCUUACAUGACUGACCCAAUUGAGUGAUGUGUUUCUGUUCAAUGAUUGCUUACAGAAGCCACAUCUGUUUUGGGAUGAAAUCAGCCGAGCAGAUGCGUCAGCAGGCCCACAUCCAGGUGGUCAGUAAGAACCUGUACAGCCAAGACACCAAACACUCUCCUCUGCCCUAUGGAGUGUUGGAUCACCGUAUGGUAAGACAUGGACACACAUUAACUCUUUCCCUCAAUCAAAACUUGUUUACCUUUUACCUAUCUAUUCCCUGGGGUGGGACACAACAUUAAUUCAGCAUCAUAUGGUCAUUGAAGGGAUAUUCCGCACCUAACAGCACCUAACUUCAUCAACAGCACAUAUAGGGUCCCAGCCACAGCACGAGCCACCAAACAUCUUUUUUAGCUUUGUCUAAUUUCUUUAACAAAGAAACUAAACACAACUCACCUACUCUCUUCCAGCCGCCGCUUGUUUGUAGAGAGACCGCGGGCCAGUCCAUUACGGACUACAGCGGGGUGACGCAGCUCAAGGAAGAACAUUUAUGGUCAUUUCUUCAUGGAAAUGCAAUCAAACCGAGACACUAAGGCAGAAGAACUUUUGCGUCUGCAGUGCAAAAUGAUUAAUAUGGUGAUUAUUACUUUAAGGACAUGAUAAAGAAAUGACCAUAAAUGUUCUUCCUUGGGCUGCGUCACCUUGCAGCAGUCAGUUUGGACUUGCUGGAGGUCUCUGUACUAACAAGCGGCCGCUGGAAGAGAGUAGGUGAGUCGUGUUUAGUCUCUUUGCUAAAGAAAUUAGGCAAAACUAAAAAGAUGUUUGGUGGCUAGUGCUGUGGCUGGGGCCCUAUAUGUACUGUUGAUGAAGUUAGGUGCUGUUCUGAGCAUUAUUUGUGGCUAUAGAGUGGCGCUUUGGUCAAGUGUGUGGUUACUGAGACCGCCGUGUUUUGCUAUCGUGCGGUCAUUACUAAAGUUGGUAUAACUAGAGAAGCAAGCGGUCGGCAACAUUCAUCUCUCGACGGGGUGUCUAACUCAGUGUUUGACCCUAACUUAAUUUUAUGCUGGAAUAUCCCUUUAAAUGAUCAUUUUAUGGUUGCUGCCAAGAUAGUAAUAUUUAAAGGUAUAGUAUGUAAAAAUGGGGUUGUAUCAUUAUAUCUAACAGUCACAUUCUAGGGUAUAAUACCUCUACCAAGUUUGUGCUGCUAAAUAUUACAAAAUAUAUACACUGUACCUUAACUUCUAAGAAAAUAAAACACUACUCAGAUUUCUGUUGCAAUUUGAUUCACUAGCUCACUACCUUAUGAUUAUCUGAGGUGGUUGUGAUUACAUUUAUCCCACAUCCUACCUCAGAAAGCAUUGUGUAUCCUUCAGUCAUCAGCAGGCUUAUUUCUCUGCCAUCAUAUGUCUAACAGGGCACCAGUGAGAAAGACAGACCCUGUUUGACGUGCGGGAAGAAUUUAGCAGAUUGUUUGGGACAUUAUGGCUACUUGGACCUGGAGCUGCCGUGUUUUCAUGUUGGCUAUUUCAAAGCCAUCAUAGGGAUCUUACAGGUAAGUGAACAAGAAGAAUUAAAACGGUGCAUUAUAAAAUUUAAAUUCUCAAAGUGUAAAAACAAAUGCAAGUGACUCUUAAAAGUGUUUACUUAAAAUAGUCAUUUGAAGACAAAAUGUGAGCAUGAAAACCGAGCUUCAUUUUUAUCAUGUUUCCUUUAGGUGUCAGUAGAACAUCAAAAUUAGAACAGCUGGAAAGACACACUUUGAGAGUUGUGUGUGUUUUAUCUGAUUAACUACUUUUAAUGUAUGAAUAAGCAAAAGUAAGAUAUAGAUAAGCUCUCAAGGAUCUAAACAAAAGCAUCUUUACACAUGUUCCUUCAUUGAAAUGUAUAAUUAUGCCAUCUUUCCAGAUGAUUUGUAAGACAUGUUCGAGCAUCAUGCUGUCAAAAGAGGAGAAACUGCAGUUCACGGAUCAUUUGAAGCGCCCCAACCUGGCCUAUCUCCAAAAGCGGGGGCUGAAGAAGAAGAUCUCUGAGAAAUGUCGCAAAAGGACAAUCUGUCUGAGCUGUUCUGCCUUCAAUGGUGAGAAGAGACAUUUAAAUGUUUGAUAUUAACUUUGUUUUGAGCAAGACAUCGUAAUCUGAUACUUGGCGGGGGAAAAAAUCACACAUUUAAUGUGUCGGUGUGACUCCUCAGGUCCAGUGAAAAAGUGCGGCCUGCUGAAGAUCAUCCAUGAGAAGUAUAAGACGACCAAGAAGGUGGUGGAUCCUUUUGUGUCCGAGUUCAUGCAGUCCUUUGAUACGGCCACCGAACACAACAAAGUGAUCGAGCCUCUGCUGACAAGAGCUCAGGUAAUUUGUGUGCUGUAAAAACUGUCUUCUCGAGUCGCCAUGUUGUGGUAUGCAGCUUAUUAGCCAUUACAGGCUGAGAAGACAUAAAUGAAAUAAAUACAUGAAUGACUUUUUCCAAGUCAGGAGGAGAAAGAAAAGACCAGAUUUUAAUCAAGGCAGGACUGCAUAAUUACGGUCACCUGGGUGUCAAAUAUGACUCAUAGGUUGUGGGCCUCUUUGCCAACAUUAUUAGAUACGACACCAAGACUAGAAGAUAGAUUAUUCAAAUAGCUACAACUGGGGGUUACGGGAGUAAUGACAGUAACAUCAGAUUUUUAAUAACUCAGCAGGAAAUUCUCAGACAUCCAGUUCUUGAUUUCAGUCAAAUAGGACAUAAUUUGAGACGCAUCAGUGGUGCGUAGACCUGAGUGUCAUCUGCAUAGUAGUGAAAGUCUAUACCAUACCUAUGCAGUGUUUGCCAAGGGGGAGCGAGUAUACAGUAAUAAUAAUUAUAAUAAUAACUUUAUUUUUAUGGCAGUUUUAAAAACAGAAGUUUACAAAGUGCUUUGAUAAACAGUCGUAAAGCACAGAACAUCAGCACACGGAAAUAAAAACAAAUAAAAAACAAAAAGCUCAGUUAAAAACAAGACCUCUGAAUUGAAGACCAAUUUCAUUUGUCAUAAGGAACCCAGACAAUACAAGGACCCUACAACAUAAAAUGAGACCAUGAGGACCAAAAUAAAAACAUAAAAUAGGUAAGAAAAAUAUGUAAUAAUAAAAGAGGAGUAGAAAGCAGGAAACAGGAUAGUAAAUAUAAAAAGACGAUAUUAUUAAUGAUAAUAAAAUCAUAACACAAUAGUUUUCAUGGUAAUAGAAACAAAAAUGAGCAGGAAAAAACAAUAAAAGGCCUAAAAGGUUAAAUAGGAAAAGAUUAUAAGUAAAACUAAGGCUAAAAAGACAGUAAGUCAAGAUAAGAUAGAGAUAAAAGAAAAUACGGCAUCACAUAGGAGCAAGUCUGUACAAGUGAGUAAAUAGAAGGGGACCCAAGAUAGACCCCUGGGGUACCCCACAUGAGAAAGGAGGACAGGAGGAGGCGGUGUUUAUAAACACUACAGAAAAUUACCUGCUUGACAGAUAGGAAAUGAUUCAAUCCAACAGAUUAUUUCAAACUGAACUGAGAGGAUGGCUUAAGUCCAUUCCAGCUCUGUUGCAGAGUUACAGUGUGUUAAAAGCUACAGCUUACCUAACGGCAUUUAGUGGCCACCACAACCUAAACAUCACCACCUUCAGCAGAGUUAGGCCCAUGAUGCCCCAACCAGCAUUAUUUCCACCCCGUUACCAUCUUGCCCAUACUCUCUCCAUACAUCCCCAAUUUUUCCUUUUUAAUAAGAUGUUUGAUGAAGUUAUGAAUGCUUUAACUUUCCAUCCUUGUGUUUCAGCUCCUGCUACUUAAUCUGCAUAUUUAGGUGUCUUACCUCAUAUCCUUGAGCCACCAUGUCCUAUCAAAUACACUAACUGCCAACUUACAGCCCGCAACACUCUGUGAGGCUUCAAACUAUCAGGUUACCUUUUUCCCCAUGCGCACUCUCUGGCUGCCUGUUCCUUGAAAUUGCUAUUUCUCACCAACCGGGCACAAUGGGCCCCCCUUCUACUGACCUGUUAAAGGCAUUAGGGUGAUGGGAGGACAUCCCAAGUGGACCUUUAUUAAAAUUUUAAUACAGCCAUCCUCCACACUCCACAGGUCCCUCUUCUCUACACUUUCCUGAUUUAUCCACUGUCCCCACUUAGCCUCUGCCACGACCAUUUACAUAAUACUAGAAUUAUUCAGACACUUAGCACUUAGCAGUGUUAGCAGUUAGUUUUUUCUCAUUUUGUCUCCGAUAUCGCUCCCUUUCCAGGAGAACCUCAACCCCCUGGUGGUGCUGAACUUGUUCAAGAGGAUUCCUCAAGAAGACGUCCCCCUGCUGCUGAUGAACCCCGAGGCCGGCAAACCAGCCGAUCUCAUCCUCACCCGCCUCCUGGUGCCUCCUCUCUGCAUACGACCCUCUGUGGUUAGCGACCUGAAGUCUGGCACCAACGAGGACGACCUGACGAUGAAACUCACUGAGAUCAUCUUUCUCAAUGACGUCAUCAAAAAGGUUGGCGUCUAUUAUUGGCUCUGGCUUUUUUGUUUUUUCUUUAAAUCUCUUUUCCUGCAGGGACUCAUAAGACUUGGAUCUUGUUUUUUAAUAAAAAGCGAUCUGAGUCAUACAUAUUGAUCUGUCCUGUGUUAUAAGAAAAGGGAACUAUGAAUGAUUUAUACUUCUGCUGCCGUCAGCUUGAAAAAUCGAAAACUUUCAAAGCAAAAUCUGUCAAGGCCGAGAAACUGUGUCCUCAAAUCUUCUAUACUUUUUUGUAAACUAACGUCUUGUUAUCGUCUGAUGACUGCCCAGACCUCUGAAAAUCAUCACUGUCUAAUGCGCUCUGUCUCAUUCAGCAUCGUAUGACAGGGGCGAAGACUCAGAUGAUCAUGGAGGACUGGGACUUCCUCCAGCUGCAGUGUGCUCUUUACAUCAACAGCGAGCUCUCUGGAAUUCCUCUCAACAUGGCGCCAAAGAAAUGGACCAGAGGCUUUGUGCAGAGACUCAAGGGAAAGCAAGGUAUAGCAGUGUGUAUUAAAUCUGUGGCACCUCAUUCUGCCUUUCAUCGGGUUUUCUCUUUUGAGUUUGUGGAUUUUUUUUUGUCAUUUUGGAACAUAAUUAAUAGGGUCUCAAAUUCCCCCAGAUACUCACACUGAUAAAAAUACGCCUUCCUGCCAACUUCACACAAAAUCUGCUCCUCUGCCUUUUGGUUUUUGGAAAUACACUGCAAAAACAGCCCUACUAGAAAGAAGCAAAAUAUUCUUCUUUUCAAUCAAAUAAUCUUGCAUCAAGCAAAAAAAUCUGCUAAUAGGGUAAGUUUUUUUUCGCUUGACAAGAAUUCUCAAAAUAAGAACAAAUUUCUUGGCCCUGACAGACUCAAAUGAAAUUUAUAACUAGACAGAAAAUCUUAUAUUAAUCUAAUUUUUUCUACAGCAAGCAAUGAAAAAUGAAGAUUAAGUUACUUAAAAUUAGAAUUUUAGUCUCUUGAAUGAAUGAACUUCAAAUAAGACAUAAUUUCUUAAAACAGCAUUGCAAAUAUAAGUGAUGUUGUCUUAAAUCAGUGGUUCUCAAGUCCAGUCCUCGAGGCCCACACCUGAUUCAAAUGAUCAGCUCGUUAUCAAGCCAUUCCAGAGCUUGAUAACGAGCUGAUCAUUUGAAUCAGGUGUGGGCCUCGAGGACUGGACUUGAGAACCACUGUCUUAAAUCAAGAUACUAAAACAAUCUCAUUAAAUAUAUAUUUUGUUCUUUGUUGUUCUUUGUUGUUUUGCAGUUUUCAUCUGGUCAUUGUAUUCUGUUGUCUGUUGUACAGACUAGCCUACUUACAUCUUUAUAUGUCUGAUAAUAUAUGAGGCAGCAGAUUCUGUCAGGAUCAGAUGACCUGCAGUGGAAAUCUUAAUUAAAAAACAAUCAACUGUUCUUGUUUUAUGGCAUUCUUACAUUGAGAAGUUGUACAUAUGUCCUAUUUUUAAAAUGAGACGAAUCAUCUUGUUGCUCCGCUGGAUUUUAUUGUAAAACAUGAACUUAAAACAUUCAAAUUAGAUAAUUUUCUAAUGCUAAACAUGCUUGAAAAGAUUAUUAUUCUUCUUGCACAAAAAAUAAGACGUAUUUCCUAAAUACAAGGCUGUUUUCCUUUCUUGAAAUUCCUUUUUUUGCAGCGUAGAGCUGAGUGUUGGAAAGGAUCUGAGGAUACUUGCUGUAUAAUAAAAUCAAAACCCUUUAAUCCAGCUUGGUAGAUCAGUAUCAUAUAAACUGUUAAAACAAUUAUCCCUGUUUUAAAACAUACAAGUCAUAGACACCCAGACGAAGGAACUUUCCUGUUUUGAAUUUUCAGCCUCGACAAAGCGCCGGUACAGAGAAAACCCCAUUUCAAAGGCCACUUAGCAGUAUCUAAGAGCCUAUUGAGGAGAAAAGAGUACAAAGUGCUUCUGAAAUGUUUCAUUGUUGCUCAGAAGUCUGAAGAAGUGUGUGAAGAUGUUUGUAUCUGCUGCGAAUCUGACAUCUGUCAUUGUUAGAUUUGCUCUUUAUGUGGAUGUUUUAGAGGCGUUUCUGUGUGUCGGUCCUUGUGCAGAGCUCACAGCCGACAGUCCUCACGUCAGGGUAAAGAGAAAACCUAAUGGGAUCUCUGGUCUGCAACGGAUGCAUAUGUCGCUCGUAGAGAAGCCAAAAGGACUUAAUAAAAACAUCAGUGCAGUUUUAAAGAGUUAGUGAGACGUUCAGACAGAGGAUGAAGAGCAGCAGCAGCAUACAAAUAAAUCCAAGCUUCUUCCUGCGUUUGCUUGCAGAGCUGCGAAAAGGUUUUGAACGCUUUCGAGUGUAACCCUGGAGAAACAAUCAAAAAAUAAUUUCUGAUUAAUUUUUACAAACAGCACUCACUCUCCAAGCUCUUUUUUUCUUUCACGUGGUCUCUACAGUAAAGGAGGGUGAAUUACGGUGAAAACAAAUCUUGCAUUACUUGACUGUACAACUGUACGAGUACUUUUGUAGUACAUCUGUUUUAUAAAACUAAUUAAUCAGGUUUCUCAUCCUUGCAAACCCACUCACUGGUGUUGGAGGAAUUCAAAAAUGAUCUUUGUGUUAAUUUUGCUUCACAUCAAGAAAAUCAUCUUUUUAUGUAGACUAUUUACUUUAGUAGUUACCUUUGAGGAGAAGAGUGAGUGACUUCUGUUUCAAACUCAGGUCGAUUCAGAGGAAACCUCUCAGGAAAAAGAGUGGACUUCUCCGGGAGAACCGUCAUCUCCCCGGACCCGAACCUGAGGAUCGACGAGGUGGCCGUCCCCGUGCAUGUGGCCAAAAUUCUGACAUACCCAGAGAAGGUAACCACCGCUGCAAGAUGACGAUAAUCUGUACGGUAGUCUGCUCUCCCUCAGAACUGUUGACUUUUUAUGCUGUAUUGAAGGUGAACAAAGCCAACCUGGAGCUCAUGAGGAAACUCGUCCGGAACGGUCCUGAAGUACACCCCGGAGCGAACUUUAUCCAGAACCGACACACCCAGAUCAAAAGGUGAAGCUGUGCUGCUCCUGAUUUAAAUAAUAACUGAUGUAGUUCCCACUUGAUGUUAAAAAUCCCUUCUCCUGUCAGGUUUCUGAAAUAUGGAAACCGUGAGAAGAUCGCUCAGGAGCUGAGGUUCGGUGAUGUGGUGGAGAGGCACUUGAUAGACGGAGACAUCGUCCUCUUCAAUCGACAGCCGUCUCUUCACAAACUCAGCAUCAUGGCCCACAUUGUAAGUGUUGUUCGAUAGAUACCCAUCUGAAAAAAUUUAACGUGUGUUUUAGCUUCUAAACCAAGGUAACUUUGUUUGGAUUUUAUCUUAAAAUGAAUAGAUGUAAGACCUGAAGUUUAAGUGGGUUCAGUUCUUAAAAUCCUCCUCAGUCAGCACAAGGACAAGAAGGUUUCCCCCUUUUUCUAUUGACAAGAAAGAAAACCUCGAACCAAAGCAGACUAAUAAUUUUUACCUAUUUAAUUUUUUGUCUUCAUUAACUUUGAUUAUGUUCCAAACAAAAGUGCUUCACUAGUUUUAUAGUGUUUUAUAUUUUUUAUCAAACCCACAGGCCAGGGUCAAACCCCACAGGACAUUCCGUUUCAACGAGUGCGUGUGCACCCCGUACAACGCCGACUUCGACGGGGACGAAAUGAACCUCCAUCUACCUCAGACUGAAGAGGCCAAAGCCGAGGCCCUCGUCCUCAUGGGGGUUCGUAUCCUCACAACAUAAGUGAUGGGAACAGUAGUCGCUCAACUAUCUGUGCGAAUGUUUCCAUGGUGAAACGGGGUCUGCAGUAACAGCGUUGUUCUUUGAAAAUUGUCCGCACUUAGACACAAAUUGUGAUCUUUUCUUCUAGACAAAGGCUAAUCUUGUCACUCCGAGAAAUGGCGAACCUCUGAUUGCUGCUAUUCAGGACUUUUUGACAGGUCAGUGCUUUAUGCUAGGCUACCUUUCGUAGUGUUGUUUUUUUUCAUACUGCAGGAGCUCCUGGUGCUUUGAGUGGCAAGAAUGUAAUUAUCAAUGAUUGAUUAGAGGUGAAGUGAAGUGAUGGCUAUUAGUGCAGCGGGUUCUUUGCGGUGGAACACUUGUACAGCACAGGCAAGGUAUGACUAAAGUUCAUGGAAACCGUUCAGGAAAUGCUGUAAUGAAACAAAACACGACGUUUCUGAUCAAUGUUCCUCUUUGAAUGAUUUCUCGGUUUCCCAGGAGCCUACCUCUUGACCUUGAAGGACACCUUCUUUGACAGAGCCAAAGCUUGUCAGAUUGUCGCGUCCAUUCUGGUGGGCAAAGAUGAGAAGGUUAAAAUCUCUCUGCCCCAUCCAGCUAUCAUGAAGGUAAGGUCGUCUAAAUCCUCAGUACUGAGAUUUAUCUUUUUUCAUAACCAGGUUAAAUCCAGGUCUUCUCUUGCUCUGGUUUUGAAAAUCUGGUUGUUCAUUUCUCAAACUUUCUUGCAUGAAUUUGAAUUUCUGCUGUAGCCCAUGGCUCUGUGGACGGGCAAACAGAUCUUCAGCCUCAUCCUGAAGCCGAACAAAGACUGUCCAGUCAAUGCAAACCUGCGAACCAAAGGCAAACAGUACUGCGGGAAAGGAGAGGACCUCUGCCACAACGACUCUUGUAAGUUUGUUAAACAUCUUGAUUCGUAAAUCAGUAUGAAAUGAAAUAGUAUGGAAGUAAUUUGAUCAGUUUCCAGGUCUUUAAAAAGUACGGUGAAUGAAAAAUUAAGUAUGGAAAAAUGUUUAGGUUUCCAGACUAUUACCACAGGAAAAAAAAAUACUGUUUUCUAAAAUAGAAAAAUAGAUAUUUCCAAAAAUAAUUCUGAAAAGUAGGGUAUGGAAAAGUAUGGAAAUUCCAUUUGUGUAGGAAACCUGAUAAAUCACAGGAAAAAUGGUCAGUCAGAAUCAUGAAGGAAACUUGUCUUGGACUGUGGUGUCCGUGGCUCAGAUGCUCGAUCAGAUGCUCUUUUAUACAGACACGGGUUUUUAAUGACCUUGCUGACGUGUUUCGACGUGCUGGCAGCAGUCUUCCUUAGAGCGUCACGUGACGUUUGUGUGACGCGUCUUAAAACAGCUGAUGUUUACGAAGGCGUGACCUUUCCGCCAGUUUGACAGAUCAUGUCAGCAAGGUAAUUAAAACACCCGUGUCUGUAUAAAAGGACAUCCGAUCGUAAUUUAUCAAAAAAGACACAAUGAACCUAAUCCAAGGAAUACAUAUAGAACAUUAGUACACAUCCACACGAGUAUUCGAGCAUCAAACAUCAAUGUGCAAAUAUUGGUGACCUGAUUGUUAGGAUAUUCAAAAGAAGGGACAUAUAAAAUUAAAGGUUAAGACAACUAAAUGUCAAAUACAAUAAAAUUUGAAAGUAUAAAAGGCGAGUACUAUGACCACAAGACGAAAAAGACUAAAAAAGACUAAAAAGACCACCAGACAAACAGUGUAAGAAUAAGAUAAAGUGCAUGGGUACCAAAAAUAAAUGAAAAUAAUUGAAUUGUUAAAAAUAGUUCACUAGAAAAGCACUCAGAGAGCACAGACCUCUGCCAAGCAGCUCAUGUCCCCCCUUAUAUUGUGAUUCACACCAAAACUUUUACUGUUACGUGUCUUUUAUUAACGUUUGUUUGUGUUUAAACUGGUAUGUUCACUGUUCAUAAUGUUCCUAAAAAAAGAAAUGCCCUGACCGGGAUUUAAACUCUUCUGGUUGUGAGGCGAAAGUGCUAACCACUACACCACUGUGCUGCCUACCUACACCACUCUGCCGCCCAUUGCUUGGAUCACAGUAUCCGGAAUUUUGUCCGGAUCACCACCAAAAUUAAAUGGGAUUUAAUCCUCCUCCUGUGGUGAAAAUUUCAGGUCAAUCCGUCUGUUACUUUCUCUGUAAAGUUGCCAACAGACAAACAAACUCACAAACAAACAAACCAACGCUACCGAAAACAUAACCUCCUUGGCGGAGGUACUAAAGAUAGAUCACACUCGGACAUCACAGAUCACUCUGCGGCAGCUGAGAAAACACAGACAUACAUAUGUUUGACUUUAAUCCAUUAAAGAGGCCAGCAGUCAUUUUGAUUUUUAAUGGAUUUUUAUGCCUGAGCUACAUGGAAGAACAUGAUCCUAUUACCGCACACAUGUACAACCAUAUAUCAAAGCCUGUACUUAAUUGAAAUUUGACAGUACUAUUCAUUUUAAAUUAAGUUUUUUAAAUCGACUCCUCUUUCGCAGGAUUUCCCCUCGGCACCAGAUUUAGUUUAGUUUUCCCAGAAGUUGCGUCUGUUUGGCUCUAAAAAACAUUUUCAGUAUCUUAAAGGAAGCAUGUGCGAGUCUUCAUGGGCAUCUGAGGAUACGCUGAGGUUACUGGAAAGCUGGGAGCUUUGCGAGUUCCUGUGCUGCAGUGUUUGAUAUUUCAGAGGAAGUUGGGGAAAAAUAGUGUGAGGAAGCUGAAAGGUAGGAAGGAGGAACGGGGUGUGAAGCCUGUGAAAGUUUAGAAGAACAGGGAUGAGAUGAGGUCUCUGGGGGAGGAGUGUGUGAGCUGAUGAGUUCAGGAUGUGCUGACAUUGAUUGAGGGCUCAGGGUGAAGAACCAUCAAAGAUUUUAUUACAGCAGCUGAUUGUCAUAUAAUAAAUGCAUGGAUCACAAUCAGAGCAGCGGAGAAAGAGAGAGUGAUUAUUCAAUAACUGUUUUCCACCCCUGCUGAAUGUCCUACUGACCCCACUGACCCACCCCACAUGACUCAAAGGCACCACAAUCCGAACCUAAUGGCUUCAAUUUUCCUCUCAUUUUCAGUCGUGGUGAUUCACAACAGUGAGCUCAUGUGCGGCAGCAUGGACAAGGGCACCUUGGGAUCUGGCUCCAAGAACAACAUCUUCUAUAUCCUGCUGAGGGACUGGGGACAGCUGGAGGCUGCGAACGCCAUGUCCCGCCUGGCAAGACUUGCUCCAGUCUUCCUCUGUAGGUGUUCCAAUCACAGAAACAUGUGUCGUCAUCCAUUAUCAGAAUUAUAAAUCUAAAAAACGAUCAAAUAUUGAGUUGAGAUGUUUAUUUUUACCCUCAACUAUCAGCAAACCGGGGCUUCUCAAUUGGAAUUGGCGAUGUGACACCAGGCCAGGGUCUGCUAAAGGCCAAACAUGACCUCCUGGAUGACGGUUACUCCAAGUGUGAUGAAUAUAUCGAAGCCUUAAAGACGGGCAAACUUCAGCAGCAGCCUGGCUGCACGGCAGAGGAGACUCUAGAGGUAGGUGUGAAAGCAAUUAUCCUCUCCGGUUCUCUCUAUGCAGCAGCCGCUUUCUCUAUAACACACUUCAGCCUGAGCUCGGUUUGUUGGAAUCACCUGUUCUAUGCGUCGGAACAGAGGAAGUUCACCGGUUGUGACACAGACCGCUGCGUAUGUUGAAAGCCAGAGGAGGAUAAAAGCCAAGGUUUGAAGUCAGAGAAGUUGAAGUGGAUGUGAUUUUGCGUCUGUGGUUUUCUACAUCCUUUCUGCAGCUGAAACUGAGUCAUGGAGCACUUGUUGCAGUAAUUGAAAUGCCUCUUUCACAAAACAUUUCAUCUGACGCAGACAUAGCUCAGCGCCAAGAACUGCACUUCUAAAUUCUUAACAGACCAACUGCAUACCAAACAUUUCAAAAUGUUUGGUAUCCAGUGUGUUCAUCUUUUAAAAAAAAACAAAUUGACUCUCAGGUGUGUGUUCCAGCUAAGACUUCAAUUAAGAAAACUUUGUGAAAAUCAGACGCAGGAGAAAGACUGUGUAGGCUUUUUUUCAUUCUCAAAACAAGUUCCUUCUUUUGAAAAGUUGGUGUUAUUCACAAAACUUUCAAAGCAGCUCCACAUGCACAUAAGAUCUGCUCUGGAAGGACACCGAACACAAAGAGCUCCGAGGUUGAUAUUUGCUCAUAGCGUUUAAGCUUCGGAGUUAACAAAGGAGACGAGAGUGUCUCGGCCUUUUGCACAUGAUUAAUACUUAAAGUAAAGCUUAAACUUGCCAGUCUCAAAGUGUUGAAUUUUUUCAAAGUCGAUGUUCAAGUGUUGUGUGCGUUUGAUCGACAGGCUCUCAUCCUGAGAGAGUUAUCCGUCAUCAGAGACAGAGCUGGCAGCGCCUGCUUACGUGAACUCGACAAGAGCAACAGCCCUCUGAUCAUGGCUCUGUGCGGCUCCAAAGGUAAGCUCAGAGAUGUUGCUUUUGAUCCACAUCAUUUCAUAUAUAAUUUUAAUUUCAUGCUGUUGCCACGGUUUGGAUUUUCAGUCAAAUUACUCCCGAUCUAAUCUUAUGUAUCAUUAAACUUUUAGAGAGAGCGCGUGAUUUACCUCAGUGUCUUACUCUUGAUGCUUUUCGACUAGUUUCCUCUCUUGGCUACACACGUCUUCGUCCUGUUUUUCAUUCGAUACCAACAUUCAUUACUUUGGUUACUCCAGUUUCUAAAUCUGAUUUGUAUUUAGAGCAAGAAACCCUCUGAAUAAUACAUGUAUGGAGAGGUUAUUGUUGGCUCAUGACAAACAAAAUGCCUGAGGGAGAUGACAGAAUCGGUUUCAUUUUAAUUAAACACGUUCAUCAACAUUAAAAAAUGGCUCAAAAGUCCUUGCAGAAGAUUUUAUCAUGCAGUUUUCUUGCACACUCUCAUCCUAUCGUGAUUUAAGUGUUUAAACGUAAUUCGACAAUAAUAACAGACUGGCUUUUGUAUGUGUUUUGAUGAGCUUAAAUUUACAUUCACAGAGGGACAAGACUGUCUACCGUCUUACAGAUCCUUCAUGACAAACUGGAACUAAAGCCUACAAAAUAUUAUAGAGAUUUACAUUUUUAGGAAAGAGAGACAUUGCUUACAAUAUAAUUUUUAAAAUAUGAAAUAUAACUUUUACAUUGAUUGAAGAGUGAUAUGUUUGAGGACUAUUGGAGAAGUUAGAUUGAGUUUAUCACCACUUCAACCACUCAGAUCAGACUUGAGGUAAAAAUCAGCAGUAGCUUAACUGUAAUUUUGCCACUGUAUUUUUUUUUCUUUUGUCUUUUUUUCUUCUUUUGUCUUCUUUUCAUGUUUCUGUUCUUUACAGCAGUUUGCUUUGAUUUGAAUCGACGUACAACAAAUGAGGAUGUUUAAAACUUGAAUUCCAAAUAAAAAGAAAAUAAUAAAUAAAUAAAUAAAUGAACUAAUUAAUAGAUAGAUAGAUGGAUAAAAAAUGUAACAAUUUGUUAAAAAUGAGAAGAAUAAACAAGCCUGCCUCCUUCAAAAUAAAAGUCUGCGAUUAAACCAUAGAAAGCUCUUUCUGAAUGCGUCAUAUCCUGCUUUUAGUAAAGUAGAACAGCCAUGACAGUCGGAGAUACAUCUACAAACUUAUUUUAGACAGAUGUCUUUCAAAGGUCUGCUGAAUAAUAAGUUAGGCUCCCUGAUAUAUUUUGAAUGCCAGAUCUUUCCUCUUCAUGCUGGGGCGACUGUGAAAGUAGGUUCAUUCUCGCCUGCAGGAGCUCCAGAGAUGUUUGGAUUAUCCUCUGAACUUGUGGCACCUUUGUUACCCUCUCACUACCCUUUGAUUCGUCAGAAAACACCGAGCUUCUGUUCAUACUGUGGACUCUGAUUGCUAUUUUAGAUGUAUUUCAGAAAGUAGUCACAGACGUCAGAUCCAUGUCCUGUAUCAAAACCUUUGCAGACCUUUCUUGGUGAGCGGUACGAGUUUGAACACUGAAAAGUUUCUUUUAUUCAGACUGUGGUGCUCCCUUUCAGCGGCUGUGGUGUUCAGCACAAAGUUAUAUGUUGCAUGAUAGGAAAUAUUCAGAAUAGUUUUCAUAGGAAAAAUAGUUUUCUAUUGUCAAACAGUUACCAACAAUAAAUUGAAGGUUUUGGAGGAAUAAAAAUUACACACAGAAGAAGAAAACCCUGAAUACACAAUCAAUGUAAAAGUUUUACUCUGUGGAUUCAAAUAUUUGAAUAAAGAAAAGUUUCAAGGUUAUUUGUCAUCAUCUAAGAUAUAAAAAAAGAUUAAAAAAAAGGUCAAUAAAGUUCUUCUAACUCAAAAUUAGCAGAGAGGGGGAAGAGAGAAAAAUAUCGAAGCGCCUAGUCACAUAAGAGCUCAGAGUAGGGCUGGGCGAUAUGGCCUCAAACAAAUCUCACGAUAUAUUGAGCAGUUCACUUCGAUAACGAUAAAUGGACGAUAACUAUUCCACAAACUGCUCAUCCCCUGCCACAUUAACUUCGUCUACUUCAGCAGCUCCAACUUUUGAACCGUCCUCCAUUUCCUCACCUGUCUUUACCUCUUUGUUACGGACUGGAUGGGGUGGAGUCACGUCUCUGACAUAGGACAGCGUCUUAAAGGGACAUGAGACCAUAGCCGGUCUCAAUUUUUUGUCAGAAAUUAGUCCGAUUCCUAAAAAUCAGAAAUCAAGUCAGACUGGGGUCUGAGCAUAGACUGCAUUUACUAUGGACAACUUGGUCCCGCCUCCCGCCUAUAUACGGAUUUGAAGCCAAAAAGCUCUCUGUAUUUCAGGGAUUUUUCGUCAUUUCCUGAAACCAGCGCUGCGCAGUAGCAGGAAGCAGAGAAAAUCCUGGAAAUACCAGAGCAAUUCGGCUUCAAAUUUGUACGAUGAUGGAUGGUUACCUACCUGGUAGCUAGACAGUAUUGACUUAGUAGUAGGUAAUUACCUGUUAGUUACCUGGUAAUAAGCAUACCGUAAAAGAAAGCGUUACCGAUUAAUAAAUAAAUGAACAAAUGCAAAACCAUAACAUCAUGAGCACAGGGAUCAUCUCUUCACGGUUGUCUCUAUUACACAGAACACUCUCCAUUGCUGGAUGCUUUGAGUGUGCUCUCAUUGUUGACACUUUUACAGUUAGACACUUGUACUGUCUUAUUAACGUGUGUGUGUAUUUGUGUGUGUAUAUGUGUGUGUAUAUAUACAGGGUCCUUCAUUAAUAUCUCUCAGAUGAUUGCUUGUGUGGGACAGCAGGCUAUAAGUGGCUCCCGAGUGCCUGAUGGUUUUGAGAACCGCUCUCUGCCCCACUUUGAAAAGCACUCAAAGGUGAGUAAUGCAGAGUGUUGGCUUUUUUUUUUUUUUAUUGACUCGCUGUGUGCGUUUCAUUUAUUUCAUUCAGAGGUGAUUUAUUUUCAUGCGCUUAAACGGAGAUUUGUGGCAUUUAGUCGAACUGACUCUGCUGCUCUGAAGCGUGUUCAUGAAUUCUUGAAGUUAUUUCUCAUGGAAUAAAUCCAUCCUUUACCGAACGCUGAGAAAGUGCGUCAGUAGAUUCUUUUGCUUUCUUUUCUCACCUUUGAACAUAGAUUUUCUUUAUAAAUCACUUGAAGGUGAAAUGAAAAAAAAAACUAAUAGGAUAAAAAACACAAAGAGUCAGUAACUACAAUCACAUCUCCCUUGCCUCUUUCAUAACGUCUGAAUUUCCACAGCUGCCCGCUGCCAAAGGCUUUGUUGCAGACAGCUUCUAUGACGGCCUGACUCCCACAGAGUUCUUCUUUCACACCAUGGCCGGGCGAGAAGGUCUGGUGGACACUGCGGUGAAAACUGCAGAGACUGGAUACAUGCAGGUAAUGCCUGAGGUUACUCUCCCCUGCUGUUCACUGUGCUCAUGCUGAUGAUAACACAUGGUGGGAUUGAAGUGUGGGCCCCCGCCGUUUGUACACUGAGUAUGAUUUUUCUUUCAGCCCAGCUACAUGCAAUGUGAUCUGCCGAAGGUUCUCGGUAAUAAGAAAAACAACCUGCAGCUUUUCUUUCAUAACUGAAAAUGAUUUUUUUUUUCUUUUACUUAAGAAAAUACCCUAUUCAAAAAUGAAAGCUGCUGCUUCACACUACUUGUCAUGAAUAUUUACUUAAAGGAGUCUCUGAAGAUGCUAUGGAGUCUUAGAGAGUGAAGUUUAAGAUGAAGGCCUCAAAAAAAUUACUUUGAAAAAAAAACAACUUAAGCUAUGGUAUAAAAAUUAAGGAGUUUAUUAAUGAUCUUGUGUACGCUUCAAACUAGCAUUAGCAUAGAGUCAAGCAGAGGAACAAUUGCCACCUGGGUCUGUGGUGGGACUGCAGGCUAAUGCCACAGUGCUAUAAUGCGCUAUAACACAGUCUACAGUUUGUGAUGUAAUUUAAAGGGGGUUUUAAUGCAUUUUUUCAGAUGCUAUUUUUUUUCUUUUCUGAUUCCUCUUAAAUAGCUUUCCCUGAUUUUAAGAUCAAAAAAAGACUCAAAUUUCUCACAGUGGUGUAUUAAAACAUUGUAAUUUCAGCCUCCGUCUGGAACGCUUCAUUUUGGCUGCUGUCCCUUUAAGGCCCCCCCUUCACAAGCCUACUUUCUUUUGAUUGGCCACCUCUCCUGAGGGCAGAGCUUGUUGUUUUGGCUCCUUUCCCUUGAUUGUGUUCAGUUAGCGGAGUACACAUAAUAAAUCUUGUAUAUGUACCGUGUUUUUCGCACUGUAAGGCGCACCUGAUUAUAAGGCACACCAUCAAUGAACGCGUCUUUUGGCGUCUAUUUUCAUACAUAAGGUGCACCGGAUUAUAAAGCGCAUUAAGCCAAACAAAAGUCAGAUAAGUCAAACUUAGAACUCUGCGAGGCUACGGUUGCUGCAGUGCUCCGACAAGCCAAAAGGAUUUUAAGUGCGCCUUAUAGUGCGAAAAUGAUUAUGUCGAUGGUUAUCCUGCUCCACUGUGGGUGUCACUUCACAUGGUAUUGGACGCAGGCCUUUCCGCUCUCCCAGAAGCACAUGAAGUAAAUCUCGCAGAUAAAUUACAUUCUUGGAUUUUCACGCGUUUGUCCAAGAUUUGAGCAGUUUACAUCUACUAUCUCAGAUUAUGACAAAAUAUGUUCACAUUGUGAUUUGAAACUUUGCAUACAUGGAGUAUGGACGCCAAACUUUGUAACUUUGCAGUUUUUGUUGCAAAUGUGGAAAAGCAUGAUAUCCCCUCUUUAAGUUUCAGUUUAAAAGGCUAGUUAUUUAGUCUCUUUGGAGCAUCCUCAGUCUAAACACAGUCUCAUUUAAAGUCUGUUUACUCAGCACAUGAGUGAUUCUUCAGGUUGGUGCCUGUUGGUGAGUUCACUUCAAUCACGCCCGUCACACAGACUCCCCAACAACCAUUUUUUUUUGUCCCUCCAGAGACGUCUGGUCAAGUCCCUUGAGGAUCUGUGCUCACAGUACGACCUGACUGUGCGCAGCUCCACGGGGGACAUCAUCCAAUUUAUUUAUGGCGGUGACGGUCUGGACCCCGCUGCCAUGGAAGGAAAGGAUGAGCCACUGGAGUUCAAGAGAGUCUUGGACAACAUUCGGGUGAGUUAACUGAGAAGCAGAUUCGCUUGCCCUGGCACUUGCUCUUCUCCUUUUCCUUUUUGCCGUCUGCUGUUAUUCAAUUGUAGAUUUUUCAUUUUUUAAUUUAUUCUCUAUCCUCUUGUUUAGGCUACUCCCAAACAGAUAAAAUCAAAACAGAAGCGAAACCUUCAUGACCAGAGGGUUAUCAGUGCACCUCUUGGAUUAAUUUAGGAGUUCAAGGCUUAUAAGCACAUUAUGUAAAAUAAGGAAAAUCAAUCCGUCAUGUAAACUCGGCUGGAAGAUAAUGAGGGUUGAGAAGAAAAUGAAAAACACUGUAAACCCUGCUUUUCUUCAGCUUCGCGGGAUAUUACAUUAUAUUAAUACAAGAGCUUUGAUUUGGUUUUCAAAACAGAAGCGAAACCUUCAUAACCAGAGGGUUAUCAGUGCACUUCUGGGAUUGAUUAAAGAGUUCGAGGCUCCUCUUGUUUUGCUUUUUUCAGAUUCGAUCAGCGCAUUCGGCAAAAUAAGGAAAAUCAAUCCGUCAUGUAAACUAGGCUGGAAGAUAAUGAGGGUUAAGAAGAAAAUUAAAAACACUGUACUCCCUGCUUUUCUUCAGCUUCAUAGGAUAUUACAUUACAAUAAUACAAGAGCUUUGACUUGGUUUUCACAUUUACAGGUAUUAGUAAAAUUACAUUCAAAUAAUAACUCAGUUAUUUUGUGGUCGGGUUACAGGGCUUGACACUAACUUUUUUCCCAAGGAGCGCAUGUGUUCCUUAGUGGUCGACAUAAGUACUAUUAUUUGAAAUCAAUCUUAGGUCUUUGGUCACAUGACAUGGAAGCUAUUGAAGAAAAUGUUCAAAAUUUGCCUUUUAAAUUUAACACAAAAUUUUUUAGAGGACAAAUUAGAGAAAUAAAGAGGUGUGUCUUAUUGUUUGACCUUAGUACUAUUAUUUGAAAUCAAUUUUAGGUCAUUUGGUCACGUGACAUUUUUGAGAAAAUCAACUGGUAAUUUAUUGAUAGUCCCUUAUUUAACACCUGACGUUGACAGUGAGGGUUCCAAGUAGAUGUAACCGUGCUGCUGUUGCUAUUCCUGGUUUUGGAGAGUGAGAAGACACCAGUAGAUCCACAGUGAAUGUCCGUCGAAUAUCCAACCUAAAACUAACUUCGCUGUGGUAUUUAUAUGAAAAAAAUAUUUGUUGCCUCGGCUGAUUUUUUUUAUGCGCACAUGUGCCCCUAAAUACAUUUUACAAUUCGCACACACCUAUUUUAGUCGCAAAUACGAGUAAAACGGGUAAAACUGUAUCACUGUCGAGCCCUGAGUUAUUUAAGGAAGCGGUCAGGGAUAUCAGUAAAGUCCUGCAAUGCUAGGAUUUAUGGAGGAUGUCAACCAUAAUCCCGUCAUUCAUCAGUCAUUUCUAGUGUUUGUUCAAUCUCUGAGCGAGGCCUCUCCGCAAACACAACCCUGAAAGUUUCUUUGAGUUUGAGCCAGGUUUAACUUUCUGACUUAUUCAUGAGAAUCCAGCACAAUUUUCCAUCAUCAACCAGAACAAUUUAGCAUUUUAAUGACUUUACUCAGGGGAAUUCUGCCCUCUCUGUAUUUCUGAGUAAACAAAUCGAGCAGUCGGCUAUCAGCGUUAAAUGCGUUAAAGUGCUGAGUGUGUAGUUGAUAUCAGCAAAGGGAAGAUUGAUCCCCGAGAUGCUGAGCUCUGCAGGGGGAGAGUCACCGCUGCUGCCGUAGUAAGAUAACAAGGUAGUUUGUCCUCAAUGUUAUGGAAAAUGUCACACCUAAUAGCCAUAAAAUGAGGUUUUAUGAACCACAGCAGAGAGAAAAUAAUUGGUUUGACUUCCUUCUUUAUUAAUUUGUUUAUGGAUUGAUUGUGAGGUUGUUAUUAUCUCUCAAAACAAGCGGUCAGAUCCCACGGUACAAGCAAAUGCAGCGAGUUACAUGCUGACAAUCUCACGAGACGCUCAAUCAAGACUUGGUGUCAUUUGUAAAGCUCUUUAAUACAAAGGGAGUCUCUUAAUGACAAGUCUUGGAUUCAUGAGGUUCUCUUGAAAGUUAAGGAGGUCCUGUUUAAGAUAACGGUUUUCCACAAAGACCUUUCGCCUUUGAGAGAGCUCCUAUCAGUGUGCGUGGGACUUUUAAGAGUCUUGAGAGUUUAAAGGCGGAGGAGAGAAUAGCAGAGGACAGAGAGAUAAGAGGGAAGUUCUUCAAACACUAGAUAAUAGUGACUUAAUUAAACCACACAGGUACAGCCAUGCGGUGAUCACAGUUAUAGUAGAUCUCAUUACAGAUGCGCUUUCAUCUGUCAGGCUGCGCAGGAACUCGAUAACCUCCUGGAAUGAAAGUGAUUGCGACAUCAAGUUUUUUCUUAGAAAAUCUAAUCCUGCUGACUUAAAUUUGUCAUGAAUUGUAAUUUUAGUACAAAUCUUUUUUUUUUUUUUUUGCUUUUUUGCUCCUCACAGGAGCUUUAAAGUGUGACUGCUGUUCAUUCGCUAAAUUUUUUUUUUUUUGGCAACAGUGUUGGACCAAAUCCAAUCUUAAAACCAAAUGAGUUUACUGCCCCUCUGUGCCAGUAACAGAGUUUUUUCUCUUUUUCUUCCAGGCUGUGUACACAUGUCCUGAUGAGCCAGCGCUCAGUCAGAAUGAGCUGAACCUCACUGCAGACUCCAUUAUGAAGAGAGCAGACUUCAUGUGCUGCAGGGACAGCUUCCUGGAGGUAAACUCAUGAGAAAAACUCAGAACGUAAUUUAAAGUUUUUUAUUGAUUGAUUUAAACAAGCACAAAACUCUUCUUACAGCUCAUGAAGGCCGAACAAUAUUUUAAAGGAUGUUUUUAUGUCUUCAUUUAAUUAUUCUGAGAAUUGCUGUUUGAGAAACCUCUACUGUGAUUGCAAUUCAAACGUAGAAAAUAACUAAGGACACAAGCAAGGCUUCAGCUUAUUGUUUAUUUCUCUCCUUCUCAGCUCCAGUCCAUUGAAACCUGAGAAUCUAAUAAUUCAAGGUUGUUACUGAGUCAACUUUCCUCCUUUUUAUAGCAGUGUUUGAUUGAAAAUCUUUAUUGCCAACUUAAUAGUUAGAACAGCUUAACACUACCAUAAAAUGACCUGCAUAUUUCUUAUCUAUCUAUCUAUCUAUCUAUCUAUCUAUCUAUCUAUCUAUCUAUCUAUCUAUCUAUCUAUCUGUCUAUCUAUCUAUCUAUCUGUCUGUCUGUCUGUCUGUCUGUCUGUCUGUCUGUCUGUCUGUCUGUCUGUCUGUAUAAAUACAUUUAUUUAUAUAUACUGGUAUUUUGUAUUACAUAAAGAUAGAUAUUGAGAGAUAGAUAUAGAAAUAUGUAGUUAGAUGUUUACAGAGAUAAAUAUCCAUGUAGGUACAUGUAUUUAUGUAAAUAAAGUGUCACUAUAUAUAUGUAGAUAUGAAUACAGAUAGAUAUCUAAUAGAUAGAUAAUAGAAUCUAUAUGAUUCUUUAUCCAUAUCUCUAUAUAUAUUCUAUAUCUUCUAUAUAUACAUUUAAACAGUAAGAUAUAUAUAUAAAUAUAUAUAUACACAUACGUAUACAUUUUAUAGAUUUAAGUAGGAUUUAAAUACUGAUAUAUAUAUAUGGCAGAGAUAAGUAUUUAUUUCUAUAGAUAAUGAUUUACCACAGGGGGAGCUGAAACUGUCACAAAACAAACGUUCCUAACAGGAGCUUUAACUGAAACUUGAGUUUAUGUGGACACUUCCUGUCGACUGUCUCAUGAGAAAACCAAUGUAGCUGGUGUAUGUUUACCUUUAAACAGGUAUUAAACUCACAACCAUUAAAUGUAUAUAUCUCAAAAAUAAUAGACCACACAGUUUGGGGUCAGUUGGUUUGAAUGUAACCUUUCUUGGUUAAUUUGACAGCUGUUUCUUUUUCUUUUUCUAAGUCAUUAUCAACAAGUGGCAUGCAGCUAUAGUGACACCUCAGAUAAUUGCUCCCAAGAGCCUAUAAAUAGGACACUUGUAUAGGUCUUGUCGUGUCUUUAAUCGCUCCUGACAGUACACAUCACAUGACAGGUUAAAGGUUGUUAUUAGUAACCUGUUUAUAUACUUAUUGACGUGUUCAGCAGUAAUAGAUUCGAACCUUUCCUCCCUUUUGUGAAGGAGUUAACUGAAACAGGCGCAGAGAAGUACCUGGAGGUAUAGUGUCAGAGCAUGCUGGAGUGUGCUGUGUGUCAGCACGGUGUGUGUCACAAAAAGUCAGAGCUGAUCAGUAACAUGUUCAAUAACCUCAGUGUUUCUGGGAGAAAUCAAAGCAAUGUGGAUAGACUCGAGCUUUAACAUCUGACUGCUGUCUCUGAAGUCAUGCUGAAUGCUCAGUGUUGUACUUGAAUAUUGGAGAGUCUUUUGCUGCAAUAUAUAACAACUGCAUGAUUGUGCAUUAUAUGUCAAGUCUGGUCACACUUCAGUGUUUUUCUCAAAUUUUAUAAUAAGACUUUUGGGUUUUUGGAAACUUUUCUCCUCCCUCGAUUUUAGGAGAUAAAGAAAUUCAUCAAGAGCAUCUCAGAAAGGAUUAAGAAGACCAGAGACAAGUAUGGCAUCAACGAUAACGGCACAAGCGAGGUAGAAACCACCCAUGCUGCAAACACGGAGCUAUAUCUAAAUGAGUUUCUCUGUAUCUAAUGAUUUGUCUGGUUACUUUGUAUUGCAGCCAAAAGUCCUCUAUCAGCUGGACCGUAUAACCCCGACCCAGUUGGAGAAGUUCCUUGAAACCUGCAGAGACAAGUAUAUGAGGUAUUAACCCACAUUCCUCUUUUAUUCUGAAGCAAAAGAAAAGAACAGUCAAGAUUUGCAGCAACUUCCUACAUAUGCUCUUGUUUUUGACAGUUUGGAGCAUGAUCAGGAACUUUACAAGACAAGGCAGUGUCUGCUUUCAGUCUUUGUUGUCCGUGUAGCCGUGGGCAUCAAGCUGCAGGACUGGUUGUUAGCUUGAGCGUGGGUUGGUGUUUGCCACACACACACAUACACACAGAGCAAAGAGGCGUUCAAUUAAGAAACACAAGUUCUAGCGCAGAGUUGUGGGCAUUUUUUGUGCUAUGCAAAGAAGCAGUCACAAAUAAACUCGUUCACUUCCAGUCUCUUUCUCUGCGCUCCAGUUGUUCCACACUUUGAAGAGUGCAUUCGAGAGACAGGUGCAGAGGAGUUGUAAAGUCCCACUCGUUAUAGCCUUGAGGCCUGUGUGACACCGGCACAGCUGCUCCCAGACAAAUACAUGUGGGUGAUCCUCAAACCUCAAGUCCAAACUGACUUUUUUUGUCUUCUUGUUUCUUGUCUUCAGCAACACUGGUGUAAAAAAAAAAAAAAAAAGUCACAUAUUGGCUGAAACUCAACUUUUGUCGCCAUUUGAGUUUGUGUUGUAUUGCUGCAGUAAAAAGUCAACAUCGUAUGUCUCUGGUAAUGGGAAGUGAGGGGAAACACAGGGGGAAGCAGAUGAGGUGUUGAUUGUGCGUCAGAGUUGUUUUAGAUCAAAAACAGUGACAGAUGUUGGAAAUAAUGUUGUAAAAAAAUCACCUCAGAAAUGUGUUUCACUCUACAUCAAUCUGUGCUUCGUAAAAAAUUCAUCACAGGGAUUUCAUUUCAUACUGGGGCGGACAUUUAUGUUUGUACCAAAUGUUACCGCAGUCCGCUCUAAGAAAUCUCACUCUUAACCACAAAUUUCAACCUCAUCACGUACCAACACAGUGUUUGUGAUGGACCAGACUCGAGUCUGUAUCUUAAACUAAAUCUGUUUUCACUUUAGAAAUAACAUCUUUCAAAGCUGACAUUCGCUUUUUAUUGUUUUUUUAUUGCUCAGAUGCUCGACUCAUCUCAGCUUUAUUUAAACAGCACAUUUGUGACGCACAGGCAUUUUUCCCCCCUUUUUUUCUUUGCAUACAAUGCAGCUUUUGAGGACCUAAAAAGAAAAUAAAGAAACAAGUAAAGAGGAAAACUGAGGGGUCUUUAUUGGGUAGCCUUAAGGACUGGAACAAGAGGAGGGUUUAUUUGUGUGAAGAUGCAUCCAUGAAUGUCUAAUUGUGUAACUGUGCAUGUCGGGUUAAUGAGUUCAACAAGAAUGAAGAACCGAGUAAGUGCACAAACAGAAUGAUUUUGGCCGCUGUGUUCUUGAAAAGGUUCCUGAAAAUUACCCAAAGUGAGCCGUCAGCCUCGUAGCACCAUGUCGGGGUAAAGUCUUGGUGAGCUCAUGUGAAGAAUGCCACUACAGCGAGAUGUUAUUUUACAAGAGGUGAAUCUCAAGGCAAAAAUACUCUCUAUUACCAAACGCUCUCUGUACAGACUGACUUCAUAUCACAGCAUUCCUCUCUCUGUUCACACCAUCUUAUUAUUUAUACUCUGUUACACAACCAGCCAUUUAGAUUUCAAGAGGAGUGUACUUCAUUGGAUUGAUGCUCUCUUUCAAAGUCCCACUUGAGACAAGUACCCAGUACUGGAGGACUCUGAGUCUGUUUGUAAUCUGCAGUUUUUUUUUUUUUGCUGAAGAAUAUUACCCUGAAAUAUUUGUUGAACUAUUUGUCAUGGCUCUCCUCUCGUCCCGUCCUCUAAAAGACUCAUCCUCUCUGGGAUGAGUUGCCACGCCCAGAUGUUCCUCCAGAAAUAUGUUGCUGCCAUCAAACAAUAAUACAUUUUCAAGUUUAUGAAGUAAAAGAUUUGCAAACUAUCCAGUUCUGUUUUCAUCAACAUUUUACACAGCGUCCUAACUUUUUCGGAGGAGAUCAUACUAACAGAUAAAAAUAAAAGAAAAUCUGUUUUCACCAUGUGCUUUGAUAAUCCUUUGGUUUGAUGGACCCUGAAAUCUUCUUUAUGUACUUACCGUGCAGAGCUCAGAUGGAACCCGGCUCAGCCGUUGGAGCUCUUUGUGCCCAGAGCAUUGGAGAGCCAGGUACUCAGAUGACCCUGAAAACCUUCCACUUCGCCGGUGUAGCCUCCAUGAAUAUCACUCUUGGAGUCCCUCGUAUCAAAGAGAUCAUCAACGCCUCCAAGAAUAUCAGGUACGAUUAUAUAACUCCUCUCUAUCAGUGCUCUCCUGACGUCUCCUCUGUUCCUAGAUGAAGGCGCCUUUAUUAUCUGAUGAAGGUAGCUCUAGGGUUUUCUUUGUAUCUCUUGGAAUACAUUAAAAAUUACUACAACAAACAUGCAUCUCUGUGUUCUCUUGAAUGGAAACAACUCUUAUGCUCCGAGACGUCCUGCUUUGUUUUUCAUAGUUUUGUAGCUCUUCAGGACGGAGAUCACUUUGACAGGGGUGUAAUUUAACAGCUUCAUCUUCCUGUUUGGACACUUAGUAAAAGAGGCUCUGCUGGGCCAUAAAAAUUAGCAUUCGUGUGAGUGAAUACACACUAAAUAUGUUGGGAAUAAUCUAUUAUAUCCUCUCUACAACACUCAGCACCCCUAUAAUUACCGCUCACUUGGAUGUGGAGGACGACGCCGACUUUGCGAGGCUGGUGAAAGGACGCAUUGAGAAAACUCUCCUAGGAGAGGUAUGCUGUGUUUCGACAUGGAUAAAAGGGACUGACCUCGGUUGCUUGUUAGGUGUCGUUGUGUAAACAGUUGAAAUAACCGGCUAUUCAGAAACUGAAAUGUCUUGCUGUCUUCAACAGAUCUCUGAGUACAUUGAAGAAGUCUUCUUACCCGAUGACUGUUUCAUUCUGGUGAAGUUGUCGCUUGAAAGAAUAAGACUUCUGCGUCUGGAGGUAAAGAAGUUUUUAAGUUUGUUUCCAACCUGAGCCGAACUUUGUACUUUUUCUCAUCACUUCUUUGAUAAUUCACCUGAAAUAUUUUUAAAAACAUGGGGACAUCGUCUAUUUAAUUUAUGAAUCUCACCUUAUUUCCACCAACACAAUGGCCAAACCUUAAAUAUAAUUUAAAUUAGCUUUCAUCAGUCGGGGUUCUCAAUCAUUUUGUUUGAGUUUAUUUCCACUUACCUGUGGCUUUACAUCAUGAAAUCCUCAUUAUUAUAACAAACUUUAAAUUUGCUGUAAAUACAAUUUGUCUCUCAUGAAAAUGAAAACGACGUGAUUUAUCAGACAAUUUAAAAGCAAUAAAAGAUUCAGUGACGUUCUUACUUGGUCUGUUAGAAUGACGUAAAUUGUUUUAUUAUUCAAUUUCCAUCCAAAUUAGGAAUAAAUUCAGGGCCUGUGUCCUCUGAAGGCAUAUUUUUGCACUUAAUUUACCCGCAACUUUAAUUUAAGAGUGUUUUUCACUGUUCCUUCUCUUGCUGGGUUACAAAAGAUUCAGCGACGUUCUUACUUGGUCUGCUUGAACACCAGUGAUUAAUGUGACAAUACAGAUGCAUAUCGUUUUAUUAUUCAAUUUCCAUCCAAAUUAGGAAUAAAUUCAGGGCCUGUGUACACUGAAGGCAUAUUUUUGCACUUACUUUACCUGCAACUUUAAUUUCAAAGUACUUUUCAUUGUUAUUUCUCUUGCUAGGUUACAAAAUUUGUACACAGCACCUUCUCCUUCCUUAGUAGUGACUGUUUAGAUUACCCUGUUUGUCUCUUAUUUACUUUUUUUAGUGUAAUGUUAGGAAGAGAAAAGAAAUCAAUAAAUAGUAAUUGCAUCAACGCUUUAGCAGCAGAUAUUCAGUAGUUCUAGAAAUUGUACCCUCAAAAUCAUGAGUAUGGACAGUUUUUCUUCUAAACGAUUGUUGAUAUCAGAAGUCCCGCCUACUUUUUGUUCUGGUUGGUAGGUGAUGGAAAACUAGCAUUAAUUAGCAUGGUGCAAACUGUUUCGACUGGGAACACAGAGUGUAUUUCUGUGCCUUCCCACUGAGCUUUUUUUGGUCUAAAUAGACGUCUAAGUGUAGCCUAGAUGAGGCUACCACAGGUCUAAAAAUAAACGUUUUUUUUAGACAUCUAAAUUUAGACCAAAUUUAGACUAAAUCUAUUUAUUUUGGUGAAGUACUUGGAGAUAAGUUCAGCAACUCACAGUUGCUUUUUGAAAUAAAUAGUUAUCGAAUAAUCAGUUCAAGUGCAACAUCUACACUCUGUCUAAAAAUAUAGAGAAUCUUAAUGGUUGAAAUUAGGUCUAAAAAAAAACUAGACGUCCAAUAGCCGUCUAUUGCUCAGUGGGUUAGAUCAGUGGUUCUCAAAUCCAGUCCUCAAGCCCCUCAGUCCUGCUUGUUUUGGAUGUUUCCCUGCUCCAACACACCUGAUUCAAAUGAUUAGCUCGUUAUCAAGCCAUUACAGAGCUUGAUAACGAGCUGAUCAUUUGAAUCAGGUGUGUUGGAGCAGGGAAACAUCCAAAACAUGCAGGACAGGGGGCCUCAAGGACUGGACUUGAGAACCACUGGGUUAGAUGAUGAGAGUUAAAAUUACUAAACUACAUCAGUUUGCCACAGAGUGCCAGUGCAAAAAUCACUGUCAGUGGACACAGGCCCUUAUUUUGUCCUUUAGUGUUGUGUUGUGUGUACUGUUGUGUCAGUACACACAACACGUAUCCAAGCAGUUUCAGAUCCUUAUUGAUCGGCAGCAGGAGACACACGCUUGACAACAGGGUCAAGGAGUGUAAAAAGCUUUAUUCACGAUUUAGAGCUUUUGUGUCUUUGUGUGAUGAGAAUAAUAAUGACAGCUUUGCUUCUGGUUACCUUCUCCGCAUGCCAGGUCAACGCAGAGACGGUGCGUUACUCCAUCUGCAUGUCAAAGCUGCGAGUGAAACCAGGAGACAUCGCUGUGCACGGUGAGGCGGUCGUAUGUGUGUCUCCACGGGAGAACAGCAAAAGCUCCAUGUACUACGUGCUGCAGUCACUGAAAGAAGAGCUUCCUAAGGUCUGAUAUGUCAAAACACUCAAUCUGUCUUUGUUUGAUACACACACAAAAAAGUGCCUUAACAGCCUUAUAUGGUUAAAUUAUGUAUGUAUUAUCUUUUUUUUUGUUUUUAUUCUGUCUUAUAAAUCAUACUUUGACAACAUGAAGUUUGAAGAAAAGGGGCAUAAUUUCAAAUAAAGAAUUAAUGUCAGUGACGAUAAAUAUGGUCAUUAAAAGUUAGUUGCAAUUCGGAUGAGUGAUGAAACAUUUCUACUAAACUACACAUGUAAAUCGAACUAGUACCUGAUUACGUCAGGGGUGGUAAGAUCACAACAUUUAACUACAGACACGGUUAUCCAUGGACAUGUCGUCAGAAAUAAGAUUUCAGUACCUGAGUUCAAAGCUGGAGAACGAUUCAAAGUCAAAACCUGAGGGCAAACACACGCCUGAGUGUGAGUCGGACUUCAAUCUCGGAUUUGGUGAUGAAAUUAGACUGACAAGGACACCAAAUUAACGUACUUUGUAGAAAGAGUAUCAGGUUAUAGAGAAAACUUUGUCUUGUGUAGUUUCGAGUCUUAAAGUCAGUGAAAUCAUUUGACAGUUUUAAUGAAGACCCUCUACUACUCAAACUAUGAAUAAAGCAUAAUAGGGGGUUAACGGAUAGUUAUCAGCACAGUAUAACUGAAGAUAUGAUUUGCCUAAAUUGAAGUUGAAGUCUAAAUCGCUGUAAUCCAUUUGCUUCUUUUCCUUAAGAGCCUGCUAGUCUGUUGAGAUGAUGCUCCAGAUUUCUAAUAAAUCUGUCGGUCAUGAAAUCUUAGUCCAGGGGCGCCACUGACCUUGUGGUUUAAGCAUGCGCCCCAUGUACAGAGUCUUUCCCGCAGCGAUCAUAGGUUGGACUCCUGAGUCAUUGGGAUUAACUUUGGAUCUUAGUUUGUCUGUUCAACAUCAUUACAUUGAAGUGCUUACAAAUGCUGCAAAACCAAGACUUUUUAUCACUUUACUCUCGCUUUUUAAAAGUUCUCUGUACAAAGCUUUGAAAAGGCUUGUCAAUAUCUUAUCUUUCCCAAAAAUACAACCAUCUGCUGCAGCUAAAAAUGGAGUUCAUCAGUCGCUGCAUUUCAAUUAAAAGUUUCCAUCUGGAUAAAUGUAAAUGAAAAGAUGAGAGAAAACAUCCUUCUCUCUUCCAUGUUUUCAUUAAAUCUACUUUACAAGAUCAAAAAUUUCACCCCCGAGAAGGUCACCCCGCCUCAUUCGGGAUUAAUCUCCCCUGUGACCGCUGACGUCGUUCUCAUUUCUCUGAAGGUGGUGGUUCAAGGAAUACCUGAGGUUGCCCGGGCCGUCAUCCACAUCGACGAGCAGAGCGGCAAGAACAAGUACAAACUCCUGGUGGAGGGCGACAACAUGAGAGCUGUCAUGGCAACGCAUGGAGUGAAUGGAAGCAGGACCACUUCAAACAACACAUACGAGGUAUCAGUAGGUGGAGAUUAGUUGUAGAUGGAGAAGCCAGCAGAGGUGUAAAUUUAACUAGAGCCCUUCAUACGUCCUUGUUAUGAUUGAACAUCCAUUUGAUUAGAUGGCAGAUUCUUCAGCGAAUGUCGUAUGUAUUUUUAGUCACAGCUGAAAUGAAGAUACAUCAACUCAAAUGUCAUUUCUUUCUAGAGAGCUCUUUAAAGGAGAAAAAUAAUAGUGAACACAUCUUAUCAUACCUGACAGAAUUGGCUUAAUACUUGGUCUUAAACGUGUUAUGUCAUACCUGUUAAAUCAGAAUUAUUACUGGGCUCUCUCAGCCGUUCAUGUUCAUUACUGCGGCAAAAAAAGGCGUAAAAGCACAGCGUGUCCAAAAGCCUAAAUAUUAAAAGGGAGUGAUGGAUGUACUUUUUAACAACCUAAUAACCUGAGGAGUACGCUAGAUGAUUAAAGCGCUGUAAAGUGUCACAUGCUUAGAGGAAAGGACUUAAUCAUGAUGAUAAAGGUUAGUUAAAAUUCUGUUCAAAAAUUUUAAUAUAUUUUUUAGAUUAAUCCUUCUUUUAAGGGGCUUUCCUGCGUACCUCCCCUUAGUUUUUAUGGCUGUCAACACUAACAUUAAUACAUUCUAAUGACCUGUACAUGUGAAUAAUUUCAUGCAGCUGAAUCCCAUGACUUUCAUGCUUUGUAUGCUAACUAACAAGGAGCUUUAUUUACCCGUACCACCUUAGAUUAAUAAUUUAAUGAUUAUUGCAUAACACAAGGCUAACUCACUGAAGAGAAAGACAGAGCUACAUACACUAUAUAAAAAGGCACCGAACCUCUUUUUUUUUCCCACCGUCUAACAUUAAAUCACAAUAAACUUUUCCUGUUUUUGGUCAAUUAGGAUUAUCAAAAUUAUUUUUAUUUGAUAAAUGCCAGAAAAGUGAGAGAGAGAAUUUUUGAGACAUUUUUUAAUUACUUUCUCAAGAGUCAAAAGUUAACAUACAUUUCAUUCAUUAGUAUUUGUAGGCCGCCUUGCUCGCACAUAACUUUUCAAUUCUGCCCAUAAAUUUUCAAUUGGACUGAGAUCAGUGCUUUGUGAUGGCCACUUCAAAACUUUGACUUUGUUAUCCUUACGCCACUUUGUAACCAGUUUGGCAGUAUGCUUAGGGUCAUUGUCCAUUUGGAAAACCCAUUCACACCCAAGCUUUAACUUCCUGGCUGAUGUCUUUAGAUGUUGCUGAAAUAUUUCCCUAUAAUGUUCUUUCCUCAUGAUGCCAUCUUUUUUGUGCAGUAUACUAGUCCCUCCUGCAGCAAAACAACCCCACAACAUGAUGCUGUCAACCCCAUAUUUCAAAGUCGUGAUGGUUUUCUCAGGCUUGCAAGCUUCCCCUUUUUUCCUCCAAAUGUAACAACGGUCAUUAUGGCCAAAAAAUUCAAUUUCAGUUUCAUCAGACCACAGGACAUGUCUCCAAAAAUUAUGGCCUUUGUCCCUGAGUGCAUUUGCAAAGUCUGCACAUUUCGGACUAAAGCAUGUUCAUCUCAGGGACACAGAACCCGUCUCCUUCCUGAGCGGUAUGAUGUCUGGACAUUCUCUUGGUGUUUAUACUUGCGUACAAUUGUUUGAACAGAUGAAAGUGGCACCUUCAGGCGUCUGGUAAUUGCAUCCAAGAAUGAACCAGACUUGUGUAGGUGCACAAUUCUCUUCCUGAUAUCUUGUCAGAUUUCUUUUGAUUUUUCGCACACAAAGAGCAGUGUGUUUCAGGUGUGCCCUAAAAUACAUCCACAGAUGUGCCUCUAAUUAACUCAAAUGUUGUCAAUAAACCUAUCAGAGGCUUCCAAAGACAUGAGAUUAUCAUCUUGACUUUCCCAAAUUGUUUAAAGGCAUAGUCAUCUUAGUGUAUGUAAACUUUUGACUCUUGAGAAAGUAAUUAAAAAAUGUCUAAAAAAUUCUCUCUCGCAUUAUUUUGCAUUUAGCAAAUAAAAAUAAUUUUGAUAAUCCUAAUUGAUCAAAAACAGGAAACAUUUAUUGUGAUUUAAUGUUAGACGGUGAGAAAAAAAAGGGUAUUUGCCUUUUUAUACAGUGUAUGUAAACUUCUUGUUUCAACUGUAUAUGGGUUUGUCUGAUCAUUCAGCUCUGUGGACUGUUAGUUUCGAGCUUUAAUGCAGCCUCAAGUCUUUUUUUUUUAAAGUUAAAUCACAGAAAAACUAAUAUCGUCAAAUUGUCCGCCCUCCUUUGUCAAACAGUUGUCUUUAACAGAUUGUUUUUGUUUACUCGUUCACACCAGCAGCUCUUCAGCCUGACUCUGUCGGAUCUGUGUCUGACUUGUUUUAUGUUUUAUACGCUUAUUGAUGUUUUUCUUUUGUCGCCAUGUCUCAUGAACAAAAAACGAUUUCACAGCACUCGGCAUCAACUGUCUUAUCUCCGCCUCUGUUCUCAGAAACUUAAAGCUGUGAACAAAAUCUGAACACCUGUGAAAAUAGACGAUUAAUGAUGGCAGGGGCUCUGCAGGUAGAAGAAAUAGCUCGAUAGAUAAGGAGCCUGCUUUGAAUAUUUUCUCCUUUAUGUGCAGUGAAGGAAUUCAAAACAACAGAGAAGCUUUUAUAAUGUGUUAUGUGUGUUUUGAAUGUUGAAAACCAUUGACGGAGACGGUAGACUAAGUACUUAUAGUGAAACAAAUGAAGGUUUUUGGACACCCAACAGGCUGACCUUGACUUCUUUACAUUUUUCUCAUUUGUUUUAUUUGAUCUUUUCUGUUUUUCUUUUUUUUUUUUUUCAGGUUGAGAAAACUUUAGGAAUCGAGGCAGCGAGAUCCACCAUCAUAAACGAAAUCCAGUACACCAUGGUGAACCACGGGAUGAGCAUAGACCGGCGUCACGUCAUGCUGCUGGCAGAUCUCAUGUCUUACAAGGUUUGACCUUUUAUAAAAAUAGACACCACCCUUCCACCUCCCUCUGUUGUAGAGAGAAGAAGCAGCUGGACGGUAGCUGUCAAUCACUUCCUCCCUCAGUCAGUGGUGCAUGAUGGUUAAGUCUGUUUGCAGGGUGGUUGGGGCACAGACAGCCCCAGACUGAUUUAUAAUAAGUGUGUAAUAUUUUACCCUCUGUGCAUGCUUGGUGAACCAGAAAAUGUCUCUUUGACUCUUUCAGUGGGUACAAAUGCCAGACAGUCCUUUAGUGGAUCUCUUUAUUCAAAAUAUCGACAACCAGACUUCUCAGAUAGAGGGAAUUGUAUGCAAGGGCCUGCCUUAAGUUUCAGAGAAAUUACAGGAAACUUCUAAAAAAAAGAUUUUGACAUAAAUUAGCUUGAGAAGAACUGUAGACACCAUGUCCCAGUUCCAGUUUGUAAGGAUGCCUAGCCCAGGUUCACACUUUAAAGAGUGGAAGGUCCACACGAACGGUCAGUUUGACAAGCUUUACUGGUUGUAGAUCUGGGUUACAGCUUCAUCAUGCAACAAGUGUAACAAAGACUGGUCUGAGACUGUUCAAGUAUAUAUAGUCGUCCACAUUUCCAAGCAUUCUGCCGGCAUUUAGUUGACCCUAAGAAGAGUCCAUGUAGGGUAAGAACAAAGGACAACAUAUGGAGAGCCCGUAUACGGUAGCCUGGCUGGGCCAUCCAGUUGCGUGAAUCACUUGCCGUUCCUUCCCACAACAGUCUUGACUUUGACCAAUUGGGAGCGUGUAUUAGAAAUCAGAAAAUAACCGGGCCAAUCAGUGACUGUGUUUCCACUGUUCCCCGGACAACAGUGAAAGGCAGCCCCUGAUUGGUCCAUGUGUAGAUGGUGACGUCUAACACAUGCUGCGGGACUUUUCAAAGCGCUGUUUAUUCAGAACGCCGUUAAUUCUGCAGUUGACUUUGCAAAGUCGGCAGAAAUCAUUUAGACAUUGUUUGCUCGCACACGUUGAAAUAUUACCAAACCUUUACUUGAUGCUUGAGACCCCAGCAGGGAACACAGUUGUGCACUGUGAUGACGUCAGAUGUUUGGUUACGGUGAUUGGUUACAGUAGUCUGUCUAUCAAGGAAAGUACUCCCGCCCACUUUUAGGGCUCCCAAUUGGCCAAAGUCCAGACUGUUGUGGGAAGGAACGGCAAGUGAUUCACGCAACUGGAUGGCCCAGCCAGGCUACAUAUACGGGAAUACCAUUGCAUGACAUAUUUUGGGAACCUGAGUGAUGUCAAAAAUUUGUACAAGGUUUUUUGUUGAGGAUGGUUGUCGGAGGCCCCCGGCUCCAGCAAUCUAACACCAACGUAUCCAUGGUAUCUGAGUUGCAUGGCUCCAGCGCCCUAAAGGCUGAUGGGAUUGGCUAAAGAAAAUUCUCCUAACACAGUUGGAUGUGUUUUUCUGUCACUUUUAGGGGGAGAUUCUCGGAAUCACCAGAUUCGGUUUGGCUAAAAUGAAGGAGAGUGUCCUCAUGCUGGCCUCUUUUGAGAAAACAGCUGAUCAUCUCUUCGACGCUGCAUACUUUGGUCAAAAAGACUCCGUCUGUGGUAAAUUUAUAUUUCACCUUUAACAGAAAAACGAACUCCUCUUUCUUUAUAUGAUCGGGUCUUAACAUGUUCUUGUGUUCUUGUCUCAGGUGUGUCCGAGUGCAUCAUUAUGGGGAUUCCUAUGAACAUAGGAACUGGACUGUUUAAGCUUCUACACAAGGCGGACAAGGAUCCUUCCCAAGUCACAAGGCCGCUCCUCUUCGACAACUCAGACUUUCACGUCCCUUUGAUUAGGUAGCACUGAGGACGGAGCGAGUUCAAGGUCAAAUUUUUCAGAAACAGAGACAUGACGAUCACCCUCAGAAAAUAAUGAAGUGCCUGCCAAAGUGUGCGAUGAAUUCCAUUUAGGGGAUCCAAGAGAAAAUUAAACCGGGAGCUUAUUUCUGCUGUAGCUGAUUUCAGAUCCUGACUAUUGGCUCAUGUUUGCAUGGAGAAGAUUGGAAAGAUGCUAUUUUUUCAUGUUGGAUCCAACUACCAUGAAGGACUAAUCUUUAGUACCUGAAACACAAACAUUUCUACAUUGAAUGACAGUAUGUGACCUUUGUUGUACAUAACUGCUAAUGCAAUCUUUUGUUUCCCCCAGAAUAGCACUAAAUGAAGAGUUUUUGAGAGUGUUUUUCAUCCACAACACAAUCCCAAUAUCUCUUAAUUAUGGAGCAGAUUUCUUUCGGUUUUGCUUCUUUUGUACUUAGUUAACAGUCAAUUUGCAGAAUCGACUGUUAACUAAGAAUUACAGCUUAAACUAGCCUUAACUCACUGAAAAACUCCCACCAGGUUAUGGGCUUUAGUUUGACUUUCCUUAGAAGAAUUUGCUUUGAAACUGGAUUUAAAUUGGCAAGGGUUCAUUCAGGCUGACAUAGAUCUUUCUUUAUGAAUCCACCAUGUUAUAAUUUAAUAAUGUAUUAUACUGUAAUAAAAGAAACCACCUGGUA